AUGCGGCCAUUUGGACAGUUAUCCUCUCUCCUCUUGCUUUUGAGUCUCCAUUCCAACUUGGAGCUCGUUGGCGCUGAACCGCAAGUCGGAGUCGAUCGUCUUAUUUCCCGCCACUACUAUGAAGAACCGCCCGCGCCAUCGUUCCUCAGACGCGCCUUCGAUGCCUUCGCCGAGCGUAUUCUAGUAAAGCGUGGUUCUGGCUUCGCCAACGGUGGGGACGAGAGUAAUGCGGGGAAAGAUAGUCAAGGGAGGCUGAAGACGAGAACCAACUACGAGCUUACCUUCUAUCAUCUCAACGAUGUACAUGCCCAUCUUGAUGAAUUCCGUCCCAGCGGCUCCGCCUGCACGGAUCCAUCACGAGAGUGUGUUGGUGGUUACCCGCGAGUUAAGGCGCUUUUGGAUAAGCAGAGACCUACGAAGAGAAACAGCCUUCUGCUCAAUGCAGGUGAUGAGUUCCAGGGUACCCUGUUCUACACACUCUACAAGGGCACCGCGAUCUCUUCCAUCCUCAAUCAACUCGGUUUUGACGCUUUCGUACUUGGAAACCACGAAUUCGACGAUGGGGAUGACCUUCUCGCUGACUUUUGUCGCAAUCUUACCUUCCCCACCAUCGCCUCCAACAUCAGAACCACCAAUCGAGACCUAGCCAGGCAACUGGUUCCCUACAAAGUAUGGGACAAGCACCAGCUCGCUGUCAUCGGUCUCACGACAGAGGCGACCAAGACGAUCUCAAGGCCAGGCGAAGGCACCACCUUCGAAGACCCCAUCGAAGCUGCCAAGCGUACCGUUACUUUCAUCAAGCGCUACCACCGGAACGUAAAGCGCAUCGUCGCUUUGACACAUAUUGGCUACGAGAGAGAUAUCGAACUCGCUAAGCAGACCACCGGUAUCAGCUUGAUCGUUGGCGGCCACUCCCAUACCCUCCUCGGCGAUAUGCCCAACGCCCUCGGUCCUUACCCAACCAUCGUCGACAAUGCGGCAGGCGAGGAGGUAUUUGUUGUCACCAGCUUCCGAUGGGGCGAGUACCUCGGUUACAUCGACGUCGAGUAUGACCAGCGUGGGCGUAUCGUCCGUUACGAGGGGGCUCCUAUCCACUUGACCAACACCGAUAAUUCGACCAAAGCUGAGGAUCCCAAGUUGAAAGCCGAGGUACAAAGAUGGGCAGACGGCUUCGCGCCUUUCGGUAGGACUGUCGUGGGCUUCACGGAACUCCCACUCGACCAGACAACAUGCCAAUUCGGCGAAUGUACCUUGGGUGAUCUCAUCGGAGACGCACUAGCAGCGAUGUCACCAAGCAACACGACCAGCCCUAUCGGAAACCAUACCACCCCUCCGUCUGACACCACGUUCGCCGGCGGCAUUAUGAAUGCUGGUGGCAUCAGGGCGUCGAUUGACGGCCCCGGUAAUGUCACCCUUCAACAGGUCCUCGAAACCUUCCCCUUCGGUAACUCCGUCGUCGAGCUUACUUUUACCGGACGUGAGCUCUGGCGUAUCUUCGAAGGCAUCGUAUCCCGACAGAACCUGGACAACGAUCAACCUGUCACUUCCUUCGUUCAAGUCUCAUCGUCAAUUCGUUUCUCCGCUGACGUUUCGAGACCGGUGGGUGAGAGGCUCUUGUCCCUCUCAGUUGCCAACGGGGAUGUCAUCGACGGUGAAAGCGGCGAGAACAGCGAGAAGCGAUACGUUGUCGCUACCAUCGACUAUUUGGCAACUGGCGGCGACAACUUCUGGCCAGCGAAGGGCAGCGGGGAGUUUGCGACCCUCGACACGAUCGAUGCUGUGUUCAUCGAGUACUUCAGGAGUCUUGGUAGAGAUACCGAGGACGGUAUUGGGCGAGUUAGGGUCGAGCUCGAUGGAAGGAUCACGGUUAGUGGUCUGCCUGCAAUUCUCCCAUGA